AAAGGGUUCUUCACAAGAGAGAGAGAAAGGGAUAGAUAGAAGCUUCUUGGACAUUCGCCAGCACAGUUAGUCUAGAGUGCUAAACCGACCUGGUGCGUAGAAAGUGUUCCUCUGCAGGUGGAUUUGGUGACCUAUUGCUUUUCCCCGCCGCCCUUCGGGAGCGCCCUUUUCAAAGGACUCUCCGAUCAAUUAGCGACGAAAAGACGCCACAAACUAAGAGCACGGAAUCGAGCUGCAACACGCUCUGCAAGAUGCUCUACCUUCUGGCUGUGACCUUCAUCAUAGCCUUCUACAUCACCAAAGCGAUUUACGCUUCCAGAGAGCUGGACCCAAGUCAUAAAAUUGUGGUGGUAACUGGUUGCGACAGCGGCAUAGGCCACUCGCUGGCUCUCACAGCCGUCCGGACGUGGGGCUGCGUGGUGGUGGGGACGUGUCUGGAACCCGACGGAGACGCUGGAAGGAUUCUCCGCGCUGCUGGAAUCCACGUGGUCAAGCUGGACCUCACGGAAGAGGAUUCGACGAAGGAACUCUUGGAAGUUGUUAACCGGCUGGAGGCCAAUGGGAAGACAUUGUGGUCUCUCGUGAACAAUGCAGGCGUGCUCACCAUCGCUGCUUGCGAGUGGCAGACCGAACAGAUAGUGACGCAGCAGAUCCAGGUCAAUCUGACGGGCGCCAUACAGGUCACGUCGAGGCUACUCCCGAAAAUAAGGAGGAAUAAAGGACGAAUAGUGAUGGUCUCGUCCCCUACCGGGCAAGUGGCGUGCCCCAACAUGAGCGUGUACAGCGCCUCCAAGUUCGGCAUCGAAGGAUUCGCCCAGGCCCUCCGCAGGGAGGUGGGCCCCCUCGGAGUCAAGAUUUCUAUCGUUAGGCCUUGUAACUUGCCAAAUCAAACCGGACUGCUGCGAGACAACGCUCGUAGGCUCAGGCACAUGAUAGACAGAGCCUCGGAGGAAACCAGGCUAGACUAUGGAAGUCUCAUGGAGCAAACUGAGAGCCACUUUGCAAGGGAUUUGCAUACGUGCAACAGAUUCAAGACAUCAAGGACGAUCUGUUGCUACUUUGCUUCAGAGUGGCCGUCCUGAGUCAAGACCCCAAGAGAGUGUAUGCUGCAGCGCCUCUCUUAGUGAGACUGUACUUGGCCUUGGCCCAGGUUCUGCCAAGCCAGUAUGUGGACUACCUGGUUCUGAAAGGAUAUCAUGAGAAAAUCAUGUCACUCGCUUUGAUGCACUGAAUCCUUCCACGUCUGUAGCAUUUGUAUGAUGUGGGGGUGAAGUUAUCCAAUGUUCUUCGUCAAUAAAUUUUUAAGAGUAUAAAAUCGUAAAGACGUUUUUA